GGCCCCUCCCCGCCGCAUUCAGCGCCCGGAGCCGCCGCAGCGCGGAGCGGUCUGCGCUGCUGUCACGGCACCGGAGGGCCCUCGGCGUCGGGAGGAGCCGGAUGGUGUGAGCGGAACCGCCGUGCGGCUCUGCGAGGAGCCCCGCCGCUCCCAGCAGGGCGGCGUCAUGCUGGCCCCGAAGAAAGGGCUGCUGUGCAACCUCAACCACAUCCACCUGCAGCACAUCUCCCUGGGGCUGCACCUCUCCCGGCACCCGGAGCUCCAGGACACGGCGGGGAGCGGGGACCAGAAGCGCUGCAGCAGCUGUCGGGAGAGCUGUGAGCAGGUGGACGCCAAUUCCAACAGUCCCUCCUUGAAAUGCCACUGCUGCGAAUCCCACGCCGAGCUGCCCCUGACGCUGGGCCUGCAGAACCAGGCGGCUCCGGCGGUGGAUUUGCCCCGCCUGCAGGAUGGGGAGGAGGUGGUUUCCCCCUCUGAUCCGCCUUCCACCUCCUCGUCGGUCAGCAGCUGCUCGGAUUUCAGCCUGGAUGAGUCGCCGGUGUCUGUGUACUACAGAGGGUUCUCGGCAGAAGGGUCCCAAUCCCCCACAGAGCCGCCCGGCGCCGUUCCCGCAGAAGAUGCCCACGACGGACGGCUGCUGCCCGCGACGGGCGGCGAAAGGGACGCCGACCUCAACCCGGCAGCGCCGCAGGGAGAGCAGAACCUCACCGGAGACAGCCCCGACAGCCUCUGCAGCAGCAGCUCGCUCGACUCACAGUACGACGAAACCUCUCCCGGCGCAGCCGUGCGGCAGAACGCAGACGGCUCCGUCGACCUCGACCCCAACUGCAACCCCCUGCCCGACCCCGCUGUGGCACCGGCCGUGCCGUGCUGCUGGGAGCAGAGCCCGAGCGGCGCUCCCGAACCGCGGCCGAGGCUGAGCGCCGUCCCCCCCCCCCGUCCCACCGCGGCCCAAAGGCGGCUGCAGCUCCUCAACGGGCACGGAGCAGAGCGGCCAGCCCUGCCCGCGAGGCCGGCAGCGCCCGAGCCCAGCGCUGAGCUCUGCAGAGAUGCGGCCAAGAAGAACAUCACCUCCUUCCACGAGCUCGCCCAGAAGAGGAAGAAGAUCCCCUCCGGGCCCGCUCCCAUCCCAGCCAGGGUGGACCGAAGCGACUGGCUGAUCGUUUUCUCGCCCGACACGGAGCUGCCGCCCCACAACGACCUCCUGCCCAGCACCGCAGGCCGGGACCCAACGCAGCCCCAGCAGGACUGGGGGGUGAGGCCUCCCGGCUCCGUGCAGAGAGAGGUCACCACGUUCAAAGAGCUGCGCUACCGCAGUGCCUCCAACAAACCCAAGGCUCAACCGGCGGCCCCGCAGCGCCCACCCAAACCCCCGGGGGGGUCGGACGGCUCCAGCUGGGUGUCACCCGCAGCGCCGGGGGGACGCCUGCCAGCACCCCCCGAGAACCACCAGGCACGGAGGAGACCCCGACCCGCACUGCAGCCCAUCGCAGAGGGGCGGCCGCGGGAUGCAGAGCUGCCCCUGCAGAGCCGCCCCGGGGAGCGCUCCGGCUGUGAGAGGCGGACCUGGAGGAGCGGGGGGUCCGGUGGGGACCCCCGGGGGUCGGGAGAGGCUGAGCACGGAGAGGAGGCGCAUCAGGAGGCGGCUGCUCAGGAAACAGAGGAGGUGCGCAGGGUCUGGGGCUGCCCCCCACCCCCCCCACCCCCCGGCCCCCUUCGUCCUCCGUUCUCCCCGUUCCUCUCCCCGUCCGACCCGCAGGGAAAGGCCCUGGGCGGGCCCCGAGUGCCGCCGGUCCCGGCCCUGCCCUCCCCGCUCCCCUCCGCCCUUCCCCUCCCCGCGGUCUCCGGCUCCAUGAGCGAACUGCCCCCGCCCGGCCCCGGCCCUGGCCCCGCUUCCCGGCGCGGUGGGUUCGCCCUCGGCCCGCCGCAGCCCCGCUCCCUCCCGGGCGAGGCGGCGCGGAGCGGCCCUGAAGCCCCGGCCCUUCCCGCAGCCCGGCCCUCCCCACCCGCCGCCGGAGCUCCGGGCGCAGCGCAGCCCCACGGGGACGGCCCGGAGGGACGGCGCGGUGCUCUGGCGGAGCAGAAGAAAGCUCUGCUGAUUGCUGUCAGCACCGCCGUGGAUAAAGUCAUCGCCCACUUCAGCUCUGCACGGAACGUGGUGCAGAAGGCUCAGCUGGGGGACAGCUGGCUCAGCCCUGAUGUGGGCUACCUGCUGCUGCACACCCUGUGCCCCGCGCUCUAUGGUCUGGUGGAAGACGGGCUGAAGCCCUUCCAGAAGGAUGUCAUCACGGGACAGAGGAGGAAUUCCCCCUGGAGUGUGGUGGAAGCCUCCGUGAAGACAGGCCCCAACACCCGCUCUCUCCACAACCUGUGCUGGCGCGUGGCUGGGCUGGCCCCUCUCAGCAGCACCAGGCAGAAGUUUCAUGCCUUUAUCCUCGGCCUUUUGAAUACAAAGCAGCUGGAGCAGUGGGUCUCACACCUGCACAAUAGCCCAGGUGUCGUCUCCAUGCUGUAUUUUCCUACGGCUUUCUUUGCUCUGAGCCAAGGCCCUCUCCCCCAUCUUGCUGACGAACUGCUGCUGCUCAUCCAGCCCCUCUCGGUGCUGACCUUCCACCUCGACUUGCUCUUCGAGCACCAUCACCUCUCCGUGGACGUGAGGCCUUUGUCACGUCGGAUGGAGUCACCCCCAUCUCCCACCCCUCGCUUUGCUCAGGGGGCUGCGCAGCCGCUGGAGGGCCAAAGCGGCACCGCGGGGGUCAGCCUGGAAGACGAGCUGCCCCCCGAUACUCUGGGGAGGGCACCUGCAGCAGAGGAGAGCCCACGGUCCCCGUGCCAAGCAGCUGUGCGCAGCCCACUGCCCGGCCCACAGGUGGGGGCUGCCCUGCAGCAGACCUUCCAGCACGUGCUGCGCUGGGGCGACCAGCUCAGCCGUGCUUUCCUGGGAGCUGACAGCUCCCCAGGGGCUGUCAGGCCCGAGGCAGGCCCUUGGGAUACAGGGGCUGGCCCCAGCAGCUGGUGGGCUCAGCUGAGCCAGGCCUCCAGGAUUUACACUGCUCCCAGCAAGGAAAGGUUCCCCUUCAUCUGGUGGACAAAGCUGCGGACGGCUGCGGGGGAUUCCAGCCCUGGCCAGGUGGCUCAAACCCCUCUGAGAGAGCCUAAAGGCACUGAGCUGCAGCUGCUUCAGACCAAAGCUAUCCCUGAACUCUCCAGUCCGAACUCCAGCGGCAGCGCUGACACCUCCGGGACCUCUUCCCCUGAAGACCUCGUCCUGCUUACUGGAACACCCCUCCCACCAGCCGGUCCAGCUGCUGGAGAGAAACCCCCGGCUGCUUCCCCACAGCCUGGUGCAGGCAGGAGCCAGGCAGCACCCCCUGACCCAGGGCCCUGCAGCCCUGGCCCUGACAGGGGCAGCUGGCUGGGCCGACUCUUUGGAGCCAGCAGCCCCUCUGCCAGGAGCUCCCCUCCCAGCCCCGACGCCAUCUCAGUGAGAUCCAGGAGACCCUCCAGGUGGCUGUCGCCCAGCUCACACGUCCUGGCUGUGGUGGUGAAGGGGCUGGCAGCCGAGAAGAGCCGUGCCCCAGAACAGCCUGAGAGGAAGCUGCCCGACUUGCCGCAGACCCACAGAGCGGUCCGGGCGCUGUGUGACCACACGGGUGCUGCUGACGGUCACCUGAGCUUCCAAAAAGGGGAUGUUCUGCAGCUGCUCUCCACCGUGGAUGAAGAUUGGAUCCGCUGCUGCCAUGGAAACCGCACUGGCCUAGUUCCUGUGGGCUACACGUCUCUGAUUUUGUGAGGAGGAGGAGGAGGAGAUCCGAGGAAGCAGCUGAGCUUGCAGCAGUGCCACCUCCCUGCCCCAUCACCACCACCUCCAGGGCUGGAUGUUCUGCAGGGGUCCCCGCUGCAGUGCCGGCCCGCUGCUCCUUGCAGUUGCCUCCUGUGGGUGUUGUCACAGCUCUGCUGCUGCCUCACCACGGCCCCUCAUCGGGACCCGCUCCUGUUCGUGUUCUCUCAGCUGCUGCCCACGUGUGAGGGCCGGCAGAGACCCCAUCCCCGUGCAUUACUCUCAGUCCCACGCGCUGUCUCUGUGCCAUCGUGUCAAUCACUGCCACCUAUUCCGUGUGUGCCCCGCUUUGCUGCACGGCUGGUGGCCCAGGCCAGCCCCAGCCACCCCGUGUGCCGUCCCAACACCGUGUAAAUAGCUGUAACCACGGGAAGAUGCUUAUUCCAGGGGAAAUAAAGGCUGUGACUCACGUG